AAAGAAAAAUAAAAUAAAAAAAAAUAAAAAAAAAAAUAUAUAUAUAUAAGAUAAAAAUUAAAAAUGAACGAUAAUUUAGAUUACCUAAAUCUUGCAAACGAAAAAGGACUUUAAAAACAACUCGAAUAAGGAGAAAAAAUACUUUUGAGUUGCUAAAUAUUUAAAUUCAAUGACUAUAAAAAAAGAUAAGAAAGAAAUUUUUGUGUUACAACUCAUGCUAUAUAUAAUCUUGAUGGAAUGUCAAUCAAAAGAAAAAUUGAUAUGAGUAAAGUGUAAGCCCUUACUGUAAGUACUUUAGGCACUGAAUUUGUUGUACAUGUUCCGGAUGAAUACGACUAUAGAUAUGCUUCUAAUGACAAACGUGAUGUUAUUAUAAUGAAUAUCGUUAAAGCAUAUAAUUUGAGGUGUAACAAAAAAAUGGAAUGUUUUUUCAAAGAAGACGUUAGUUUAUUCAAUUACGCCACUACAAAAGAUGAUAAGAAAAAAAAAAUGAAUAGAAUGCCAUAAGAUGAGCCAAAAUUAAUGGAUAUUAGUUCAUUAAAAUAAACUAUGGAUUUAUAAGCAGAUAAUUACACUGAUAUAAAAAAAAGAACAUCUACUUUAUGGUCUAGAGAAAAAGGAAAAUAAGUAACAUUGGAUGAUUUUAAUACACUCAAAGUAUUAGGAGCAGGUGCAUUUGGUACUGUAUUAUUAGUAGAAGAAAAAAAAACAAAUGAAUGGUUAGCUAUGAAAGUAUUAAAAAAAGAUGUGGUUUUAGAUAAAGGAUAAUUUGAACAUACUAAAACUGAAAAACUUAUUUUAGAGCAUGUAAAUCAUCCAUAUUUAGUAAAUUUAGUUUAUGCCUUUUAGGAUCCUUCUCGUUUAUUUUUCGUUAUGCAAUUUAUGAGAGGAGGAGAAUUAUUUUAGCAUUUAAGCAUUUCUAGAAGAUUUGAAGAGAAAAGAGCUAAAUUUUAUGCUGCAUAAUUAUCAAUGGGAAUUGGGCAUCUUCAUUCAAAGAAUAUUAUAUAUAGAGAUUUGAAAUUAGAAAAUAUAUUAAUGGAUGAUUUUGGUAAUGUUUAUGUUUCUGAUUUCGGUAUGGCUAAAAUGAUUAAAUAAAAUGAAUUAGCUAUGACUUUUUGCGGUACACCUGAAUAUUUAUCGCCUGAAGUUAUUCUAGGAUAAGGUUGUGAUCAUACAACUGAUUGGUGGUCUUUGGGAAUUUUGACAUAUGAAAUGAUGUUUGGGUUACCUCCUUUCUAUAAUAAAUAAUAAAGUGUUAUGUUUAAAUUAAUAAAAGAAGGAGAAUUAAGAUUCCCUGAAAAACCUGCUAUUACUAAUGAAGCUAAAGAUUUUAUUAUAAAGUGCUUAAACAGAGAUAGAAGAUAAAGGCUUGGGGCUAAAAACGAUGUUUAAGAAAUUAUGACUCACCCUUGGUUUAAAGAAAUAGAUUGGAAUUUAUUGUUGCAAAAAAAAAUAUAACCACCAUUUGUUCCAAAUGUAUCAGAUGAAGGAUGGCUAAAUAACUUCGAUAAAGAUUUUACUUAAAUGAAUCCUGUAUUAGAAUAACAUCAUGGUAAAACUGUAAAUGGAAAUGAUCCAUUUAAUGAUUUCUGAGAAAAAAGAAAAUAGAUUAUAUAUUUAAUUAUAAAAAAUCAAUAAAAUAAAAUUUAUUUUUCAUUUUAUAAAAAUAGAAAAUAAUUUUUAUUUUAAUCAUUUACUUUUU